AUGCGGUUGUCGCUGGCGCGUUUCUCGCCGGCCCGCGUGCCGCGGGGCGUGGCGAGGGCGGCGCUGGGGGCGGCGUGGGUGGCGGGAUGGGCGGGGCUGUGCGCGUGGGUGGUGUGGUUUGCGCACUCGCAGGCCGCCAAUCCGCGGCAGGAGGCGAUGCGAGCGUGGUGUCGCACGCGCGUGCGAUACCUCCAGCAGGACAUGCUAUCGUCCGUCGCCCGCGCGCAGGAGGCAGUGGGCCUGGUGAAGGAGUGGGCGCACUUUGGGCCGCGCAGCAGCAGCAACCUGAGCUACUGGGGGCUGGCGGGGUGCGUGAACAACAACUCCAUCAUGGCGUACACCUUACAUGCUGACCGCAUCGCCAACUACAGCAGCGGCACCGUCAUCAUGAUCCUCUCCGAUCAAGACAGGCCAUUAGUUGAGAAAAUCGCAGGGUUUUCGAUUCACUCAGUGCUGGGCCUGCCCGCCCCAAGGAAGGAUCUGUACGGAGUGAACGUGUACGGCAGCAUCAACCCCGACUUUCCCCUGCAGCCCUUCACUGACUUCGCACCGAUCGUCCCUCCGGUCCUCCUUGACAGCCUGUUUAAAGGACGGACUAUUGCAGGGCCUCCUCUCUCCACUGGAUAUGUGAUGAGUGGUCCGUGCUCUCUCUCUCAACCGAGGGAAUUGUACGCCGGCUAUAUGGAAAUCACUUUCGAGAAUUCUCAUAUGUGA